CACCAUGAUUGAUGGAGACUACUCCCUCCCUCCCUCCAGCCUCCAGCACACCACAGCAGGCGAGAGAGAGUAUUAUUAAGGCGAUAGGUAGGAACAGAGGCCCGCCGUAGAAGCCGUGCACCACGGAGCCACCACCACCACCACAACCUCCACUCUCCACCGCAUCCGGCGGCGGGGAAGCCGGCCUGGGGGAAGGCAAGCGACAGGAAGCCGCAGCAGCGCCACCAGCAGCAAGAAGAAGAAGAAGAAGAAGAAUCGGACGCCAUAAUGGAGGCCGGCAGGGGCGAGCGCACCGACGCGUGAGGGACUCGCCGCCGACGCUGAUCUUCUCCGGCGGAAAUGGCCCAACAUCAAGGGGUUCCUAAAUUUGGGAACUGGGAGGACGAAGGCCAAGGCUACACGCAGUACUUCGAGAACGCCCGCAUGGGCAAAUCUCCGGGAAGGCCUGUCAACCAGAACGAUCGCAAUGAAGGCGCUGCACAAGCACCCUCUAACGACCCACCGUCGGUCAAGGCCUCUCCCUUGAGGCCGGGGUCCGAGCCGGGGCUGCGGAAGAACCGGGACGAAAGGCGUGCCACCCGAGAAGACCUCCGUCGGCACGAGGCCGCUGCCCGGAAAACGCAUGCCGAGUCGCCUAACCACAGAUAUGGUGACCAGACCAACUACGACGGUGCUGCGAGGAAAGCAAGCAAUGAGAGGUCACCCAUCCAUCCUCGGCAGCAGGCAAGGCUUGCAGACAAAGGUGGGGUUUCAUCUCCUAUUGCGGAUCGUAGGGGUUCUGCUCCCACCACACCUGGAAGGUCCAAGAUGAGGCCAACUGGGCGCGGCGAUGAAACGCCCGAGAGAGGGUCAGCUGUUCCAAAGUUUGGAGACUGGGAUGAGAAAGAUCCUUCGACUGGUGAAGGUUUCACUGACAUAUUUGAGAAGGUGAGGGAGGAGAAGCAGUCCGGCGCGGAUACUGUCGGUACCAGCCACGCAUAUAAGGACCGCUACAACCAAGGGGACAGAUAUGAAUCUUCGGGCUGCUCAUGCUUCAGCUGGUUCAAGAAGUGACACCCACCCUGUCUGUAACAUACCUGUGGCGAUUGUAUCUUUGUGAAAUGAGUAGCCAAAUCUGUUGUUUUGUUGAGAUGUUAUGUUACAGCGAGACAUGUAUCGGAGCAUGAAUUAUUCGCAAGGCUGUGAUUCAGCAUUUUUUUUGAGCAUUUGUAAUCAGUGGUUGGUUUCCUGAAUUUUGCAACAAUUGUCUCAUUGCUGGAUUAAAGGGGAAGCAGAUUGGGAAAUAA